CCUUACACGUGGUUGGUUAGUCCUUCUUAACCUGUCUGUCAUGUAAAACUUAAAAUAGUAGUUAAAUUUUUGGUGAAUUCCUUUGAAUGAAUUAUGGAGUAAUUCCAUUACGAAGAUAAUAGCGUUAUGCUUGAAUCUAAUAAAUUUCAUAGGUGACUAUUGUGAUACGAGUCCUACAUCAUAAAUAUCGGGCUAGAUAGAAAUAAUUAUGAGUUGCUACUUGUUAACGCGGCUGGGCCGAUCAAAAGCCUUAGACAGAUGUCUAUUGGAAAAGUGUUUAAACCAGUGGAAGCCAAGGCUCUACUACAGGAGUGGCGAAGAUCAUAAUAAUGGUUCCAUCGAUGGGGACAAUCAAGCACAAAAAAAGAAACCACUGCGAACAAGAUUGAUGCGUGAUAUACGUCAAACGAAAGAAAAAGUAGAAGAAAUUAUCGAAAGGGAAAACAUAUGGACUGUACCAAAUUUUCUCUGUAUGGGGCGCAUAGUCACUUCUCCAUAUCUGAGUUACUUAAUAGUCUCACAAGAUUAUACUGUGGCGCUCUGUCUCCUGGGUUUUGCUGGAGUUAGUGAUUUAGCUGAUGGAUGGAUUGCUCGUACUUGGACAUCCCAAGCCUCGAAGCUUGGUAGUUUUUUAGAUCCAGUGGCAGACAAAUUGCUAGUUGGGACCUUAUUUCUCUCUUUGGCCUGGGUAGGCUUGAUACCUGUUCCACUCACGUGCCUUGUUAUUGUACGAGAUGUGGCUCUGGUCAUUGGUGCCUCUUAUGUGAGGUACCGCUCCUUACCACCACCUAAAACGUUAGCAAGGUAUUUUGAUCCAACACAUGCAACAGUGCAACUGGCACCAACAUUUACCAGCAAGUUAAAUACUGGCGUACAGCUGUCUCUAGUAGCUAGUACAUUAGCUGCUCCAGUAUUUCACUUUGUAGAUCAUCCAUUAUUGCAAGGAUUGUGCUACCUUACAGCGUUUACAACACUUGCUGGGGGAAUUAGUUACCUAAUAUCAAAAGAUACCUAUAAAUUUCUCACAAAAAAGAAAAUUACAUCGUGACCGUAGUUCGGAUAUUGUGUUAUUAUUCUUGCAAAAUAAAAGUACACUACUUUUCCUGUUUACAACA